GCGGCCCAAGGGACAGCGUUUCCGCUUCCGGGUGGUGGGGCAGCUCGUUGCUAGGGUGGCACUGUUGCUAGGGGAGGCCUAGGCCGCUGCCAUGGCGGGGAACCGCAUGCAGAAGACCGGGAGCGUGUUCAGCCGGACCCGCAAUUUGCUGCGCAUCGGCGUCAUCGAGAAGCCGCUGUGGUUCGACGUGUACGCCGCCUUCCCUCCGCUCCGCGAGCCGCUGUACCGCGUGCCCCGGCCGCCGCGCUACGGCAAGGUGACGGACGUCGUGCCGCCCAUCCUCUACCGGGAGGACGAAGUGCGAACGAAAUUUUAUAAAAUAUAUGGCAGCGGUCCCAAACCCUUUGAUUUAUCACAACCGAGGUACAAAUCUACUUGCCAAAGGUUUGUUGAGAAAUAUAACGAAUUGAAAGAAGAAGGAAAAAUCGAAGAGGAAAACCUGUUUGAAGAAACAGGAAAAGCCCUUUUAGCCAGUGGGAUAAUUCUACAGAGACGAGGAACAGAUAAAGUAGCACAGCAGGAUCCUCAGGAUGCGGAAGCCAGGGAUUCUGUGCUACGUCUGCAACUUCAAACCGUGCUGGAAGAGUUGCAGGAAAAGAAGGAAAGUCAGGAGGAGCAGACAGCAGAACUGAGAGAAACGCAGAAGGAAAAUCCUUCAUCCUAACAGCUGUGCUCUUGGCACAUCCUGCAGCUUGGCGUUGUGUGCCCAUGCUGCUCGCCUGCUCAGGAGCCAGCGUUUCCAUCUGCACAGCUCUAAGAAAUAUUCUGAAGGAGGCUAUGGCUCAGUCUUCUGGCUGUGGUGCCUCCCUGCCAUGGUGUGUGUGACACACGUUCUUGUCUUUCAGUCUCCCCACUUAGGAAGCAGGAGAUGAUCCUCUUUUAAGGAACAUUGCCUUGACAUUUUCAAUUGUGUUGUCUCAGCUUUUGAGAUGGAAAAUAGAAUGGAAAAUUAAACACUUCCUGCAAAA